AUGAUUGAAGAUGAUGAAUCUGAAGGAUUCUUUCAACUCAAGCUAUAGAAAAAGAUUAAGAAGCAUAGAAGCAUACCUUUAAGGAUUUAAAAGCAUUAUGAAUCCUUAAGUUUGAUGUAGACCAAGGCAACUGAUUAAGAAUAAUUAAUUCUCUCUUUAAUCCAAAAGCGAGCGGAAUUCUAUUCCAAAAAUAAAUAAAUCAUUUAGUGGAAAGAAAAUAUUUCUGAAUCUCAUUCAACUAUUUUUGUUAAUCUAAUCAAAAGUGAAUCAGAAACUUUUGAAGAUAGCGAAUUUAUUUUCCAAUAACCUCUUGAUGAAUUUCCCUUAGGAAGCUAUUCGCACUGA